UGUUUAGUGAGUUCCCCCCCUCCCCCCUAUUAUCCGUUUGUUUGAAGUGUAGUUUUGUUUUGCUCUCCCGGUGAAGAGCCGUCAUCCUGUAGUUUUGUCUGCAACUAAAUCAUUCCCGUUGGCACUAUUCGUCUUCUUUGACAGAAAUUGGAGUAAUCUUUAGGUUGAGAGGGAAGCGUUGAAGACUAGUAUAUUAAUACCCGCGUUCGCGACUCGAGCAGAUCCGAAAUCGCCGCGCCGGUUUGAUACGCCACGGUGGACCGGGCGAGCCCCGUAAAGCCGAGCCAUGGGGAACCGAGGGAUGGAAGAUCUGAUUCCCCUCAUUAACAGACUCCAGGAUGCGUUCAGCUCCAUCGGACAGAGCUGCAAUCUGGACCUACCGCAGAUCGCCGUUGUGGGUGGACAGAGUGCCGGAAAGAGUUCCGUACUCGAGAACUUCGUCGGCAGGGACUUCCUUCCUCGAGGAUCAGGCAUCGUCACCCGAAGACCCCUUAUCCUCCAGCUGAUCAACAAUAAAGCAGAAUAUGCCGAGUUUCUGCAUUGCAAAGGGCGAAAGUUUGUGGACUUCGAGGAAGUGCGGCAGGAAAUUGAGGCGGAGACAGAUAGGAUUACAGGAUCCAAUAAGGGCAUCUCUCCCAUUCCUAUCAAUCUGAGGGUCUACUCCCCACAUGUGUUGAACCUGACACUCAUUGACCUACCGGGGAUGACUAAGGUUGCUGUGGGAGAUCAGCCUCAAGACAUUGAGCAACAGAUCAGGGACAUGGUGCUACAGUUUAUCACAAAGGAGAGCUGCCUGAUCUUGGCUGUGACACCUGCUAACACUGACCUGGCCAACUCUGACGCUCUCAAGGUUGCCAAAGAGGUUGACCCACAGGGCUUGCGCACAAUUGGUGUAAUUACAAAGUUGGACCUUAUGGAUGAGGGGACUGAUGCCAGGGAGAUCCUGGAGAACAAGUUGUUGCCACUACGCAGGGGCUACAUUGGGGUGGUGAACCGCAGUCAGAAGGACAUUGAUGGGAGGAAAGAUAUUCGUGCAGCCCUGGCAGCAGAGAGGAAGUUCUUCUUGUCACACCCAGCCUAUAGGCACAUGGCUGACCGCAUGGGUACCCCACAUCUGCAGAAGACACUGAAUCAGCAACUUACGAACCACAUCAGGGAUACUCUGCCAGGGCUCCGGAGCAAGUUGCAGAGCCAGCUUCUAUCUCUGGAGAAGGAGGUGGAGGAGUACAAGAAUUUUCGGCCCGAUGAUCCCACACGCAAAACCAAAGCCCUGCUGCAGAUGGUGCAGCAGUUUGGCGUGGACUUUGAGAAGCGCAUUGAGGGCUCUGGCAACCAGGUGGACACUGUGGAGCUUUCAGGCGGAGCCAGGAUUAAUCGCAUCUUCCAUGAGCGUUUCCCAUUUGAGCUUGUCAAGAUUGUUUUUGAUGAGAAGGAACUGAGACGUGAGAUCAGCCACGCCAUCAAGAACGUCCAUGGUGUGAGAACGGGGCUUUUCACUCCUGACAUGGCGUUUGAGGUCAUCGUGAAAAAGCAGGUCAUUAAGCUGAAGGAGCCCUGCCUGAAAUGCAUUGAUCUGGUCGUUCAGGAGCUCAUCAACACGGUCAGGCAGUGCACCGACAAGCUGGGUUCUUACCCCCGACUGAGAGAGGAGACCGAGAGGAUUGUCAGCACUUACAUCCGAGAACGUGAGGGGAAGACCAAGGACCAGAUCCUGCUUUUGAUUGACAUUGAGCUGUCUUACAUCAACACAAACCAUGAAGACUUCAUUGGCUUUGCCAAUGCCCAACAGAGGAAUGCGCACAUCAACAAGAAGCGGGCCAUUCCGAAUCAGGGUGAGAUUUUGGUGAUCCGGAAAGGCUGGCUCACCCUCAACAUCAGCAUCAUGAAGGGCGGCUCCAAGGAGUACUGGUUCGUGCUUACAGCCGAGUCACUGUCCUGGUACAAGGACGAGGAGGAGAAGGAGAAGAAAUACAUGCUGCCCCUGGACAACCUGAAGCUAAGGGAUGUGGAGAAGGGCUUUAUGUCUUCCAAGCAUGUCUUUGGCAUCUUCAACACAGAGCAGAGGAAUGUUUACAAGGACCUGCGGCAGAUCGAGCUGGCCUGCGAGUCCCAAGAGGAUGUGGAUAGCUGGAAAGCUUCCUUCCUUAGAGCGGGAGUGUACCCUGAAAAAGACCAGGUCGAGAACGAUGAAUCUGUCCCAGUGGAUACCUUCUCCAUGGACCCUCAGCUGGAACGGCAAGUGGAAACCAUCCGUAACCUUGUGGACUCCUAUAUUGGCAUUGUCAACAAGACCAUCCGCGACCUCAUGCCCAAGACGAUUAUGCACCUCAUGAUCAACAGUGCGAAGGACUUUAUCCACUCAGAGCUGCUGGCCUACCUGUAUUCCUCGGGCGACCAGAAUGCAUUAAUGGAGGAGUCUGCAGACCAGGCUCAGCGACGAGAUGAUAUGUUGCGGAUGUACCAUGCGCUGAAGGAAGCACUGCAGAUCAUCGGUGACAUCAGCACGAGCACCGUGUCAGCGCCUGUGCCCCCGCCUGUCAAUGACAGCUGGUUACAGAGGGAUCCCAGCCCUACCCCCCAGCGCAGACCAGCAGCCGCAGCCCCGCCUCCCAGCCGACCGCCUGCAGUGAGGGGUCCCACCCCGGGACCUCCUCUGAACCCCAGUCCAGCAUUUGUGGCACCUCCCAUCCCCUCACGCCCAGGGCAGCCAGCCAACCCUUUUGGCAACCAGGAUCCGUUUGGCGCUCCCCCACUGAUCCCAUCUCGGCCUGCCCGUGUUCCCCCAGGUGUGCCCCCCGGCGUCCCCAGCCGAAGACCGCCUGGUGCUCCUCUCCGUCCCACCAUAAUCCGCCCCUCCGAGCCCUCCUUACUAGACUAAGCCUGAGGGCAAAGGGUGGGGCUGGGGUGCUGAGACAGAGGGGCUCAUAGGUAGAUGGGGAUACUAACCACACACACACACACACACACAGAAGCAUAGAAGCAAGCAAGCUCUCACCCUGCCAUGGGGUUGAUGAGAAGCUACCUGUUCACACCUGAGGUUUUUAUUUCCUGCAAAACAGAUGAACUCUGCAGGUGUUUUUAAAACAUGUCUCAAGUUAAUCAGUGAUGAGCAGACCCCUUACUGAGACAGCCUCCAGCACCAUCUGAGCUCACACCCAAAGGGCCAGUCUUGCCGUUUUUUUUCUUGACUUUUUUUUUUUUCCCCUAACUUGAUUCAAACUGGAAAUAGAAUUUAUUAUUUUGUUACUAUGGUGAUGAAUUUUUUUUCCUUCAUUUACAUUUGAGGGAGUGUGUACUUUUUAACUGUAUUUAGCUUUAAAAACUUACUUAAACUCACCUGACGUUGUAAGAUAAAUUAAUGGAGUCGAGGGACAGAGAGAUGCAUAGUUUGGUUUUUGUCUGCUUGCUACUGACCUCUCAUGGACACCCCUUACAAAGACAGUGGGUCUCUUCCAAUCAUGCUAAUACCCACAUCACGCGAACCUCCCACUUGGGAAGAGUUCAGUCUGCACUGCCGAUCAGUUGGGGGCUUGAACAAAGUUUCAGUUGUGAAUAACUGUCAAGCGAUUUGGUUGCAUUCGGAGAAAACCCCCAACAGUCAAGGAUAAAGACUGAACCUGGUAGGGGCUCGGAGGGGUGAACACAAAAAGGGCUUUAGCUACGCAAAAAGCAGUUACUCGAAUGCCACCCUGCAUAAUGUGUCCCUUUAUGAACUGUUUGGGAAAACAACGAAGCACUCCAGCCUAUUUAACAUUUUCCCGCAAGAUUCUAACCUCCAAGAGCCUUCAGAGAAGAACGUGUUUGUGUUGGUAGGCAGACAUACAAGUCUACAGAACAUCAACACGGUAAAAUGUUACUAAUGAAUUGUUAGUGUGUUCUGGGCACCUUGUUGCCUUUCACAUAGCCCUCCUCAGAACUGUAACUUUACACCAGUGAAUGCCAAGGGCCUUCGAGUCAAAGUGCUGGAUGCAGAGGAGUCGAGGUUGGAGCUACAGUGCUUCAUUGGAUCCCAGCCCCCUUCAGCUGGUUGGGAAAAGAAAAUUAUUACAUGAAAGGAAUGAAAACGGGGGAAAGUGGACACCUCUUUGCAAGAUACAAAAUUAACUACUGUGACUGUUCCUUCUUUGCUGCUUGUGUCCUGCCAGGAUACAGGGAGUCCCGAAGUUUCUGUAACUCUCCCAGCUUGCAGUUUUUGAUUUUUCUGGGUUUUUUCCCCUGAAAAGAAGAACUCUUGUUAGGUCCUCUGGCUUUGGAAGGCCCAGCCACAACGCUCACAGGGGGAGGAAUCCACCUCCUGGGUGGUCUGCACCAGGUCCUGCCUUUUGUGGUCCCGGCCAGUAACUGUCAUAAAGUUACUCUCUCCCGAACGCCAGAGGCAGUAUUUUGUUUUGUUCCCCGUUUCCAUGUCAUAGCAUCCCAAAACCUUGGCUUCUGGGGAUAGAAGUUAGUCUGUGGACUGUGGCUCAGCCUUCCUUGACUUGAAUCUGUAGUCUGUUUGACCAUGUUUCUGAUUUGGGGUUUGGGAUGGGAAUUUGAGGGAGUGGCUGAAUUCUGGUUGUUUUCCCUUUUUUCAUUUAAUUAUGAUAUAUGGGGGUGGGGAGGGCUGUACAUCCUGCUCAGAGACUUUGUGUGGAGUCAUAACUGGGCCUUUAUGAGGCGAUGGCGGAGGAGUGAAAGCAGUCUCAGAGAGACCUGCAGGAACUUCUCUCAAAACCACACAGACUCAAUGCGAUGGAUCAUAGCUGGUCUGGCCAGGGGCAAAAGGCUAGAAUUCAGCACACUUCCAGAUAUUGCCUGUAACAGUAGAAAACCUUACUCAGGGUUGAAUAUAGAGGUUCUGUGUGAAUUACCUUUCCUUCCUACCCUGUAGACCACAUGCACUCCUUGACUUCUGUUAAGUGCCUCUUGCUCUGAUGGGAAUUUAAUAAAUAAGAGAACUUAAAACAAGAGCAUUAAUAAAAGGCGACAUGUAUAAUAAAGGGACUAUUUUUGGUGGUUGGUGUCUGAUCUGUGUCUUCCUACAUGGUUUUUCUCUUUGCCCACUUAUGUGGCAUCACUACUUUCUGCUGUGUUCAUUUCCCUCCAUUCAAAAGCCCCUCACACCACAGCCUCAUAACACCUGAGCAAGGUAAAUGCAGAGAUCUGAUUGGCUGAACCUGGAUCUCAUUUCCAUGGCAUUGAAGAGACAAGGCUUUUGGAUGGUUGUGGAGCUUGGCUAAAGGGUCACAUUCUUCAGUUCCUUGUUUAUCGUCUGUCGAGACAGACCUUGCUUAAUCACUGCUUAACUAAGCAAUAAAUAAGCAUAACUGUAGGUUUGGAGACUGUAGAAUAACGUGAUGGAGUUCUGAAGGUGCCGUAGUGGUUAGAGCCACUGCCUUUGGACAUGAAGGACCCAGGUUUACAUUCCACCUCUUGCUACUGUACUCCUGCAAAAUAUAAUUACUCUGAAGUUCCUGCAGUAAAAAUUGCUUUGGAGUUCCUUUAGUGUCAACUAAAUAAUGUAAUGUACUGGUGCCUGUGAGCCACUAUCAAACAUUACAGAACUCCCCUACAUUGUGCAAAGAUGAGUGUCAUGUUAAAUAUGCUUUAGCAGCUGCAUAGAUAUUGCAAUGCUGCUAAAUAUUUUGUGCAGAGCAUUUUUCCAGUGUGCUUGCUGUAGACUUUUCACUGAAUCAGCUUUGCAGCUGUCUCAGACCCAGCCAGUUGGAUGUGGAGUCACACAGAUUUUUUUUAUUAGAUAGCCAGUGCAAGCCCCUGCUUACCCUUUGUUACUCGCAUAUUUCACCAUCAUGUAAUUAUCCCUCGUCCGGCCACCAUGUUAUACUGCUCAGUGCUGCUUUGGUGCUCCAAAGAUGCUAAAUGAUUUGUCCUUUUAUUGUGAGCAGACGUCCUGGCCCUCGGAACAAGUGGUGAAUGGACCAACCCACCCUACAAGCUAACUAUCAGAUGAAGACAAAAGGGCCAAAACCCAGGAACACACAUUUUCAGAUUUUAAAAAGCAGAGCAAGUCAGAGGAGAGUUUAAGUUUUUGUGCAUUGCAGCGGACUUAAACUUACCCGAUACCAACCUAGUAGACAUUUAAAACAAUCAGGGAUGUGUUCCUCAAAAUUUUAAUAUGCAGUUUCUUUUGAUUUUUAGUUACAAAAGUGUCAGGUUUCAUGUGUGCAGUCACCUUAGGGUUGUGCUAUGUAUUCACUGUGCAUUCCAGUAUCAUAGUAAACCUUAAUUGUAACAAUUGUAUAUGCUUAUUAAAUGCCAAUUUGCAACUACA